UUAUCCCUACCGUCCACUCUAACUCCAACAUGGCCGGUAGGAUAAACGAUCGCGAGCUAAUUACAUUAGCAGUAGUUUUUCUCCUAUGUACAUUUUCAGGUGCAGAGGCUAAGGGCCACCACGAAGUACCCACGUACUUUAAACGGAUCAAUCACGAUGGUUCUCUAGUAGACGCUGCGAAUCCCCAAACCCGAGUGAAAUUUUUGCAUCCAAUUCAGAGUGAUUUUUCCUCUGGUACUACUCUAGAGGUCAAUCCAUCCGUGGUUGAAAACGGCGCCACUGUGAAUGUCUCCUGGAGUGGAAUACAGCAGCCUAAUGAAACAGACUUUGUUGCCUUUUACUGCCCCAAAGAUGAUCCAUUCGAUCAUUAUUUGGACUACUUUUACGUGACGGAGUCACCAAGUUAUGUCUCUGGAUUCGGCUGGUGGCAAGUCACUGUGUACAAUAUGAGAACUAGCUGUGAAUUCCGCUAUUACCAGAAGAGUUAUAUUCACAUAGCCACCAGCAAUGUGCUGAAGUUCAAGGGAGGAAUUUAUGCUCCUCUGCAAGGUCAUCUAGCUCUUACAGGCGAUCCAACGCAGAUGAGAGUUAUGUGGGUAUCAGGAACAGAUGAUCCACCAGUCGUACACUAUGGAACACGCCCUUCUUAUCUGGGUUCAAUAGCUACAGGUACUUCCAAGACAUACAAAAAAACCGACAUGUGUGGACCACCAGCUUCUUUAAGUGGUUUUUCGAAUCCUGGUUUCAUCCACGAUGUUCUAAUAACAGGACUGAUUCCAUCCACCCAGUACUUUUAUUCGUACGGAUCAUAUAAGAUGAUGAGCGAUGUGCGCCAGUUUCGCUCGGCUCCCGUCCCAGAUCCUGACACUUCCUUUAAGUUUGUAGUUUAUGGAGACAUGGGGAACACACCCCUCCCUGGUUCACACGAUACAGCAAAGUACUUGGUAGAGGAGGCCAAGAAUGGCAGCUCACUUGUAUUUCACGUUGGUGACAUCUCAUAUGCUAGAGGAUACGCCUACAUCUGGGACCAGUGGCACGAACUUAUUGAGCCUUAUGCAACUAUAAUGCCAUAUAUGGUGGGCAUAGGGAAUCACGAGCAAGACCAUCUUUCAGGAGGCUCUAAAGACCCAAGUGGUGCUCCGGGAGAAGGCUGGCACCCUUGGUGGGGGAACUUUGGCGAUGACUCUGGGGGAGAGUGUGGAGUGCCUAUGUACUACAGAUUUCACAUGCCUGACAACGGAAAUGCAGUAUGGUGGUACAGUUAUGAUUAUGGAAGCGUUCAUUUUAUUAUGAUGAGCUCUGAACAUGAUAUCAGACCCGGAUCAAGGCAGUACACUUGGCUGGAAAAUGACUUGAAGAAAGUUGAUCGGAAUAAAACACCUUGGAUUGUGUUAGGAGGACAUCGACCGAUGUAUACAAGCCAAAAAGUAGUAGACGACUUCAUAGUGUCACUUGGCAUGCAGUAUUAUCUGGAAAACCUUCUUCACAAAUAUCAAGUGGACCUUGCCUUUUGGGGACAUUAUCACAGCUACGAGAGAACAUGCGCAGUUUACGAGCAGAUCUGUCAAGAAGAAGAAGGACUGGGGACUACUCACGUGGUUGUGGGCUCGGCCGGGUAUGCGUUAGAUACGGAAGGUUUCUGGGAUUUCUCAUGGUCUCGCUUCAGAGAGAAUGACUUCGGAUAUGGAAGAGUCCUUGUGGCUAAUAGGUCAGCAUUGUAUUUUGAGUGGGUCCGAAAUAAAGACAAGAUCGUACGCGAUAAAGUUUGGUUGGUGAAACCGCACCUUCAUGAUGAGUAUAACACCGUUGCUUAUCACUUAAAAAAGAAGUUAUCAUUGUAAAUGCUGCUGAGAUCUGCGAACGAUGCGAUCGAGGUUCACCAAGUUACUUUUCUGGGAACAAAUUUAAAGUCUGUGUGUGAGAUUCGUACACAAGCGCUCUAACUGGUUGAUUUUAAGCAAUGCUGUAUGUCUUUUCUGUAUUAUUGCUGUGAUGAUUGCGCAAAGGGGAGAUAAAUGUU